AUGGAUUUUCUCCACCAGAACAAUGCCAUGUUACUGCCCUGCCCCUCCACCAGAACAAUGUCACAAUGCCAUGUUACUGCCCUGCCCCUCCACCAGAACAAUGCCAUGUUACUGCCCUGCCCUGCCCCUCCACCAGAACAAUGCCAUGUUACUGCCCUGCCCCUCCACCAGAACAAUGCCAUGUUACUGCCCUGCCCCUCCACCAGAACAAUGCCAUGUUACUGCCCUGCCCCUCCACCAGAACAAUUACGUGCUGCCCUGCCCCUCCACCAGAACAAUGCCAUGUUACUGCCCUGCCCCUCCACCAGAACAAUGCCAUGUUACUGCCCUGCCCCUCCACCAGAACAAUGCUAUGUUACUGCCCUGUCCCUCCACCAGAACAAUGCUAUGUUACUGCCCUGCCCUCCACCAGAACAAUGCCAUGUUACUGCCCUGUCCCUCCACCAGAACAAUGCCAUGUUACCUGCCCUGUCCCUCCACCAGAACAAUGCCAUCCACUGCCAUGCCCUCCACCAGAACAAUGCUAUGUUACUGCAAUGCCUGCCCUCCCACCAGAACAAUGCCAUGUUACUGCCCUGCCCCUCCACCAGAACAAUGCCAUGUUACUGCCCUGCCCCUCCACCAGAACAAUGCCAUGUUACUGCCCUGCCCCUCCACCAGAACAAUGCCAUGUUACUGCCCUGCCCCUCCACCAGAACAAUGCCAUGUUACUGCCCUGGCCUGCAAAUUCACUGGAUCCUCACCCCAAUAGAAGACGUGUGGGAUGAAAUGGAGCACCGUCUAUGCCGUCUUCCACAUCCUCCAGAUAACGUUCGUGACUUGGCACGAGAUUUGGAGAGAAUAUGA